AUGACGGCUCUUUGUCUUCGCGACAUCUUUGCUUUGUUGAUCUUGUUCGCUCUUCACGCCAGGUCUGCGAGCCUGAAUAUCUCGGGAGAGGCCGUCACAACAAGGUUCUGGGACUGCUGCAAACCUUCGUGCGGCUGGAAAGAGAAAGCCCCAUUCGACCGACCUGUGCUAUCAUGCAGCAUCGAUGACAAGCCUACCGACAUCGAGGCUGGUACCGGAUGCAAUGGUGGCUCUGCAUAUCUCUGUUCUAACCAACAGCCAUGGGCCAUCAACGACACUUUCUCCUAUGGUUUCGCAGGCGUCUUCAUCAUGCCAGGCCUCACUGGUGGCAAGAUUGAAGACGCAUGGUGCUGCGCAUGCUACCGGAUGGACUUCACCAGCGAUCCGCUCAGAGGAAAGACCAUGAUCGUCCAGGCCUCAAACACUGCCUAUGAUAUCAAUACCGCCAACCGGUUUUCCUUGGCAGUGCCUGGUGGCAACACAACCUCACAUGACGCCUGCGCCCGCCAGUACGGUGUGGAUCAAACCGUCUUCGGUACCGACAACACUGGUGUCAGUUCCAAGGAUGACUGCAAGAAGCUACCGGAAGCUCUACAGAAAGGUUGCCAAUGGCGCUUCGAUUGGUACGAGGACGCAGGCUUCCCCACGUAA